AUGAAUAUAAAUAAAUAAAAGAAGACAAUAAAUACACCUCCAUAACUUAUAGGAAGUGCACCAUUUUAUUUAGGUCCUCAUCAUCCUCCUUUACCUGCAGCUAAAACAUUACAUUAUCCUUUACCAAAUGAUAGACAUCUAAAACCAAAGUAAUUCUAACAAUACUAACUUAGAUUAUUAAAUAUUCAUAUUGAAUAGAGUGUUCCUAUGAUUGUUUUCAGUGAUAUGGGAGUAGGAAUAGAAGAUAUGGGAUGGGGAGGUUGGAAAGCUGAAGAAGGUGAAUUAGAUCCAUGGGAUGAAGCAUUAUUAAAUGAUGAUGUUAUGAAAUUAGAAUAGUUGGACAAAUAAUCAAAAUGAUCAAUUAUAUGUUCAUUAUUAUAUUAUCAAC